AUAUCAGGGCACCGAAAUUACAAUCGUGGCAUCAGCAGGGGUGAAUCCUCUCAUGGCCUUCCAGGAGUUCUGCAAACCCCAAGCCACCGUCAGCUUUACCUGAAAGCAGGGAAACAUACCUUCGCAUCCACUGAGAACGUCCGAGAAGAAAUCAUCAGGUCAAGAUAGAAUAGUCGCGGCUAGAUAUAUCAAGAGAUGCUGCUCUCUCAUCGACGCCUCGUCUUUACUGAUUCGCAGAUGUACUUUCAGUGCAGAGCUGAACAUUACCUGGAAAGCUUAGAUGUGUCAGUAACGGUCGGUCCUUCCUCCUUGGGUGAUCGGUGUCACGUAUUUCCUCUUGCCGGAACGAGUGAUGACCCUCUGUAUCUUCAAAAUCGCUUGGUUGAGUAUUACCAAAAGACAUCUAACCGUAAGGUCAGAUGCUCUCCAUGCAUUUUUGGGUGUGUGCAAUUCUUCCCUUGUAUCAGCGAACACAGAUACGUCGCUAGUUACCUUCAGCCGCUCAAGGACUGCAAGUACGUCGGUACUUACCUCCAGCCGCUCAACGACUAUAAAUCCGUCGCUGGUCACCCUCAGCCACUUCUACAGUAUACCCAUAUGGCAAGUUCAUCGCUUAUCAACACUCAACUAAUGUUCUUCCUUAAAGACCUAGCAUGGAGGAUCGUACAUCUGCAUCCAGUCAUGGAACCACUAACAUUUCCAUCCAUGUUUCCAACAUGGUCUUGGGCAUCUAUCAAGGCGCGGCAUCACAAUGGUCCAUCUGGCGAAUAUCUUUCAAACCGCCGCGAACCAUGGUGGACCAUCCUGAUCUCAAAUCCCCAAAUCAUAUCUAGAUCUGGAACGAUGAUGAACCUAGAGACUGUUUCUCGACAAGGCCUUAGGUACACUGGCUUCUAUCCUGAACUUCUCAUCGGAGGUAACCUCCUCACAGAGCCCUUCGAGAUCAUGUUCGAAGCAAGUUCGACCUCAGGCACAGCCUACCUUGACUGCAAAGAGCCUCUCGAUCUCGGUCAUUUUACUGCCUUGUUUUGAGAUAUUUAGACAAGGGAGUAUCUUAUCCUUUGGUUUCCAAGCGGCUAUCGGCAAGAAUACCUAUCGUAUUAGUGAAACUCUCUAGUUAUUACUGCAACGUCUGGCCCCCGAGCAAUUCUCGAUAUUACAAGAAAUACCAUAUAUCAUCAUACCAA